AUCAAGAGAGCAUGGCUCACCUGAGUGAACGUACAUGGACUCACGUGUUCCCUUUCCUGGUGGUCUCCCUGGUGUACUCUGCCAGCGCCGAAUACUCCAACUGUGGAGAGAACGAAUACUACAACCAGACCACCGGCAUGUGCCACGACUGCCCCAAGUGUGAGCCAGGGGAAGAGCCUUACAUGACCUGUGGCUACGGUACCAAGGACGAGGACUAUGGCUGCAUCCCAUGCCCCUCAGAGAAGUUCUCCAGAGGAGGUUACCAGAUCUGCAGGAGGCACAAAGACUGCGAGGGGUUUUUCCGAGCGACGGUCCUGACGCCGGGGGACCAGGAGAAUGAUGCUGAGUGUGGGCCUUGCCUCCCAGGUUACUACAUGCUGGAGAACAGACCUCGGAACAUCUAUGGGAUGGUUUGCUACUCCUGCUUGCUGGCACCUCCCCACACCAAGGAAUGUGCAGGGGCUACCUCUGGCAUUUCAGCCAUUUUCCCAAGUACCUCUGGCACAAGCACUUUCUCACCUUACCAGCAUGCUCACAAAGCAGAUCUUUCAGGACAAGGCCAUCUGGCUACAGCUCUUAUUAUUGCCAUGUCUACCAUCUUCAUAAUGGCCAUUGCCAUCGUCCUCAUCAUCAUGUUUUACAUUGUGAAAACAAAACCUUCUGCUCAAGCCUGUUGUAAGAGCCACUCAGUAAAAAAUGUGGAAGCUCAGGCUAACACUCAAGAAGAGAAGAAAGAAGUGCAAGAUAAUGUUGUGAUAUUCUCUGAGAAAGAAGAGUUUGAAAAACUGACAGCAACUCCAGCUAAGGCUGUUAAAAGUGAAAAUGAUGCCUCUUCUGAGAACGAACGACUUCUGAGCCGUAGUAUGGAUAGUGAUGAAGAGGCUGCAGUUGACAAGCAAGGAACUCCAGAGAGAUGCCUGUUAUCUUUAGUGCAUUUGGCCAGAGAUAAAUCUUCUACGAGCAAUAAAUCAACUGGGAUUCAGAGCAGAAGGAAGAAGAUACUCGAUGUGUACGCCAACGUGUGCGAUGUCGCAGAAGGUCUGAGCCCCACGGAGCUGCCCUUCGACUGCCUGGAGAAGACCAGCCGAAUGCUCAGCUCCACCUACAACACAGAGAAAGCCAUCGUGAAGACGUGGCGCCACCUGGCCGAGAGCUUUGGGCUGAAGAGGGAUGAAAUCGGGGGCAUGACAGACGGCAUGCAGCUCUUCGACCGCAUCAGCACGGCGGGGUACAGCAUCCCAGAGCUGCUCACCAAACUGGUGCAGAUCGAGCGGCUCGAUGCCGUCGAGUCCUUGUGUGCAGAUAUCCUGGAGUGGGCACAAGCAACGCCUGCUCCUGAGCCAGCAGGGACGUCCUGA